AUGAUAAUUCUCGCUGAAGACCGACAAUUAUCGUUGCCAUCAUUGUUUGCUCAUGAAUUUACCAAAGCACCUUUAUCAUUAUGUGACAAGGACGACUUUGAGUUAUUAAAUCAACAAAAGAAGUCUGCCGUCAUUGAUUAUUUGAAAGAACAGUUUUCAUCAUCAUUCUCAACGUCCUGCCCAAUAACAACUGAUCGAUGUGUAUUGAUUAUUGAUGGGAGAAGCUUGUUAGAAAUAAAGCCAAUUGGUCAUUCUGCAACUGUCCGUGAUUAUGCCAUUCAAUUAUUACAAACUAGAAUUAAUUGUCUAUUUCGAAAGUAUGAUCGUAUUGAUAUCGUGUUUGAUACACCUGGAAACAAGAAGGAAAAAGCAUUUAUAGAACGACAUGGCAACGAAAGUGAAACCUGUAAUUAUGAUUUAAAAUCAGACGAUGUAUUAGAAACAAAAUAUCAUCAUUUCGUCAGCAACAAUAGAGCGGUAUUAGCUGAACGUAUUCGUGAAUGUUGGUGUGAACCUGCAGUGAAUAACGAAUCUGAUUCUGAAGACGAUGAUUAUUUACAACAAACUGAACCUAAUCGUGAACAAACAACAAACUUUAUAACAGAUGAUUGGUAUCUAGAAAAGGACAGUGUUGCUGAACAUAUGGAGCACAGUUAUUGUAAAAGUAGUACGGAAGAUGACGAACAGCAAGCUGAUUACCAUAAACGACGCAGAUAUGUCAUACGAAAUGAUAAACAACAGAGCUCACCCCAGCAAAUAUCCAUGCCAAUACGUGCGCCAUUAUCCGUGAGGAAUAGCACAGAGCAGAAUCUUCAUGAUUCAUUUUUUAAGCAGUUAUCAUCAGGUUGUCAUCGUCGUAAUUACAAACAAUACGAUAUCUUUGCAGACAACAGUGAUUCAAAUUAG